AUGUCUUUCGCUCGUAUAGCUGCGCGCACUCUCCGCGUCGGCUCAACUUCGUCGACCCGGCUUACGGCCGCGCGCACGUUAUCGCGCGGAUACACCGCGCCCAGUGCGGUCUCGCGCGCUGCUCUCGCCCUCAAGUCCAAACAUGUACAUGAAGAGCAUAGUCAUGAACUUGUAGCAAGCUCCGAUUUACCGAGGUGUACGCCUGGAGAGAAGGAGGUGUUUGUACACUGGGACGGCGCCCAAUUCUCGCGCUUUCACAAUCUAUGGCUUCGUGACCACUGCCGAUGCUCCAAAUGCUUCCACCCGGUCACCAAGCAGCGUCUAGUCCCUACAUUCGAAAUCCCCUUAGACAUUCGACCAGCAUCCGUCACCGCCAAACCAGAAGGACUCGAAGUCGUUUGGCAGCCGGCUUCUGCUCCGCAUACGAGCUUGUACCCGUGGUCAUGGCUCCAGUACAACACCUACGAUCCUGCUCCUGAGCCCGUACCAUCCGAAAAGGUGCUAUGGGGUUCUAAAAUCGCCCAAGAACCUCCGACAGUUACCUAUGAAGAAGUCCUGGCAUCUGAGAACGGCCUCUACAAAUGGUUAUCCAAGAUCGACAAGUUCGGCUUCUGCUUCGUAUCAGGCGUCCCUCCAACCCCCGAGGCAACAGAAGAGCUCAGCACGCGCAUCGGCUUCAUCCGUACAACCCACUACGGCGGCUUCUGGGACUUCACAGCCGACCUCGCCCGUGGCGAUACAGCAUACACCAACCUCGCUCUCCCCGCGCACACCGACAACACCUACUUCACCGACCCCUGUGGACUACAGAUCUUCCAUUUACUGCACCACGACGGCCAAGGCGGUCAAACGCUCCUCGUAGACGGCUUCUACGUCGCCGGACUGCUCAAAGAGCUCAACUCUACUGCAUACGAACAACUCAGUACGCAGGAGGUUACGGCGCAUGCGGCUGGCGAGGAGGAUAUCAUGUACAGGGCCAAGGCGCCCGUAUUGACGCACGACGCCAAGGGGGAGCUGGUGAAGGUCAGGUGGAACAACGAUGACAGGAGCGUUGUAAGGGGCGUUAGUGGGAAUGACAUGUUGGGGUGGUACGAUGCGAUGAGGGAGUGGAAUAAGGGCCUGACGAGCGCGGAUGCGGAGUAUUGGGUGAAGCUCACGCCCGGGACCGUUGUUGCUAUCGACAACCAUCGCGUCCUCCACGGCCGCGCAGCCUUCGACGGCACACGCCGGAUGUGUGGCGCUUAUAUCGGCGUGGACGAGUUUCGCUCGAAGCUGGGUGUGCUGGGCGAGAAGUUCGCGCCCAAACUCGCGUCACAAGAUGGAGAGGGGAAACGCGAUAUAUGGAGCGCAGAGUUCUGA